UUCUCAGGCACACAGAUCUCAGACCAGGACCUCCAUUAGCAGAACGGGAAGGCAUAUUUCAGAACUGAGGCCACAACUAUCUUCUUCAGAAACAUGUCUGAUGGCAUUAUAGAACUGGCUUGUCUUGGCCGUCCAUUUCAGUUGGGAAUGCUGUAUGACUGCAGGAGCGAUGCUCUCAUUCCAGGAAUAUCUCUCUGGGACUUUGAAAUGCUGAAGAAGAAUAUUAACAUACGGCCGCAGCCAAAUACUGACUUCAAAAUAAUUGCCUCAGACUCUAGUGAAGACAAAGUAGCAGCUCUGAAUGUUUCUGCAUCUCUUGAAGCCAGCUUUCUGAGUGGAUUAGUCAGUGUUAAAGGAUCAGCAGACUAUUUAAAUGACAACAAGAAGUCCAAACAUCAGUCUCGAGUCACCUUGCAGUAUCGGACAACUUCACGUUUUGAGCAGUUAACUAUGGAGCAUCUUGGCGCAGGAAAUGUAAAGCACUGCAAUGUAUUUCAGGAGGGCUCGGCCACACAUGUUGUUACAGCUCUACUGUAUGGAGCUCAAGCAUUCUUUAUUUUUGAUCGUGAGGUUUCGUCUAAUGAAAACCAUCAAGAGAUACAAGGUGACCUCCAAGCGUCAAUCAAAAAGAUACCUUCAAUAUCAAUAGAGGGUCAGGCAUCUUUGAAAAUGAAUGAAAUGGAACAAGAGAAAAUGAACAAGUUCAGCUGCACUUUUCAUGGCGAUUUUGCCCUGGACAACAAUCCAGUCUCCUAUGUAGAUGCCAUCAAGGUGUACUCGGAGCUACCAAAACUGUUGGGAGAACAUGGAGAGAAUGCUGUGCCCAUGACCGUGUGGCUUUACCCUCUGAAAAAACUAGAUUCGGCAGCUGCUCAGUUAGUCAGGGAGAUCAGUGUUAGCCUGGUACGACGAGCCCAACGGAUCAUGGAUGGACUGGAUGAUUGUGACGUUCAAUGUCAAGAUCUGAUGAGGGACGAUAUUGCCAUUCAAUUCCCUGAAAUCAAAGACAAGAUCAGAAAAUGUAAAGAUCUUCUCUCAGAGUACAAAACUGUUCUUCAAAAACAUCUCAGCAGGCUACUUCCAUCCAUAAGGAGUGGAGGAGAAGAGGAACAGGAGCUUGCAGAUUAUCUGAACAGAAAUGAAAGAUCCCCAUUUCAGGGGGCUCUGGUAACCAAGUAUCUAAACGAGCGAGAGCGAGAGAUGAAUGUUGUUAGAUCUUACCUUGACAUCAUGAAAGAUGUCCCUGUUAUUUCAUCCAGCAACGAAUUGGACAAAGUUGUCUUGAAAGCGUCCAAUAACUACGUGAUAGCUUUCGCACUCUCAUCCUUAAACGAAGACGAACCGUACCUUUCAGACUUGGGGAAUUACCUUAAGGAACAAUCCUGUAAAAAUGGAGAGCAAGUAAGUUAUAAUCUAAACUCUUCAAAGAAGACAGAGAAAUGGUUUUGCUCAGGGGAUGUAACAGCAUUCACCAGGGAAAACAUACAGGCCUUCCUAGAUUUCAAAGAAGCCAAUAAAGGGAAAGAAAACAUUGAAUUCUGCAUUGCAUCAAUCCCAGAUGAACUCAGCACUGCUUCUUCAAUUCAUGUUUAUGAAAGAGGGAGACUCAUCAGCUCACAGUAUGAGCUUCCUUCAAAACCACCAAUGCCAAUUUUCUUGAGGGCUGAGCACGACUGCAUUCAUUUGCAAAUCAAACCCCCUGAUCGUGGUGUUAGCUGUGUGGACUCGUACUGUAUUUCAUAUCAGUCUGCACAGAGCACUGAAUGGACAGAGGUGUAUACUGAUGGAGUUGCUGAUCAGGUCACUGUCAAGCAGUUACAACCAUAUAAAGAAUAUUGUUUUACCUGCAAGGCUGUGUGUCGUCCAGGAGUAAGUCUGACAAGUGACACAACAUCAUUCUCCAGGACUCGUCCAUGUGCUCCUCCUGGAGCACCUACCGUAAAACAAGUAGAAUCUGAGUCAGCAACUUUAGUCUGGGAUGUUCCUGCAUCUGUGGGUGAGGGAGUUCUGAUCACUGGAUACGUGUUGGAAUCCAGAGAAUGCACAAAGGAACAUGAAAAUGAAAAGCUGUGGAAGUCUGUGAAAUCUACAAACAGGGAGUGCAUUCUGCAUGAACUGAAAAAAGAGACAGAUUACACAGUCAGAGUUUCGGCAAUUUGUGUUAAUGAUGAAAUGAGUCUCCCCAGCUCAGAAACAGUGCUUUCUGCAUGUUUGAAGAGGAGUAAACAUUCAGGUGCGGUUGGAAGUGGGCUGUUCAAAAAUCAAUCUUCACGUAUAAACAAGGGGAAUCCUUCAAUUUAUAGACUGAAUCUAUACCAAAAAAUGAAAGAGAAUGAUUUUAAUCAGUAUGUCUUUGGAAGAAAAGUGGAGGAUGUGAAAAGCAAAGUAAUUCUUCUGUUGGGAUCGACAGGUGCAGGAAAAACCACACUCAUCAAUGUGAUGGUCAACUACAUACUAGGUGUAAAGUGGCAGGAUCCCUAUCGCUUCAAACUAAUCAAUGAAGUGACAAAUCGCACACAGGCUGAGAGUCAGACACCUAAUGUUUCAUCUUAUGAGCUCUACAGUCAGCCUGGCUUUCAAAUCCCCUACUCUCUCACAAUCGUAGAUACACCUGGAUUUGGGGAUACAAAAGGAAUCACACAUGAUAAACUGAUUACAAAGCAGGUCAAAAGCUUUCUUUGUAGCCCGUUGGGAAUUGAUCACAUUGAUGCCGUUUGCCUAGUUGUCCAGGCUUCUCUUGUCCGCCUGAGUGCCAACCAGAAGUAUAUAUUUGAUUCAGUCUUGUCAAUUUUUGGAAAAGACAUUGCAGAGAACAUAAUUAUUUUGGUGACAUUUGCAGAUGGUAAAGACGUCCCAGCUCUAGAAGCCAUCAAAGCAGCAGAUCUGCCCUGUCAAAAGAAUAAAAAGGGACAUCCCUCCCAUUUCAAGUUCAACAACACAGCUGUGUAUGCAGACAAAAGUGUAGAAAAACACACAGCCGUUGGCAGUGAUUCAGAUGAUGAUGAAGACGAUGAUCAGAAACUGAAUGAGAUUGUGUGGGCAUCAACCUUGAAACAGAUGAAGGCUUUUUUCAAGACACUGGGGACCAUUGAUAGUAAAGAUCUGACGCUGACUAUAAAGGUCUUGGAGGAACGAGAGCGCCUUGAGAAAGCCAUGACAAGUCUGACCCCUCAAAUAACUGCUGGUCUCUCUAAAGUGAGUGAGAUAAAAAGAUUUAAGCAAUGUUUAGAAAAUCAGAAUGACAAGAUGGAUCAAAAUGAGAAUUUUGAACAAGAGAUAGAGGUGACGAAAGCAAACAGAACCCCUGCAAACUGUUUUAGCAUGAAUUGCAACACCUGCUUCUUCACAUGUCACUCCAACUGCUUCCUCCCUGCAGAAGAUCCUGUGCAGACUUGUGCUGUGAUGGAGAAUGACCACUGCAUUAUCUGCCCUGGAAACUGCCAUUACUCUUUUCAUUCAAGAGAAAAUUUCCUGUGGACAUAUGAAACAAAAGUAGAGACAAAAACCAUUAAAGAGUUGAAAGAAAACUUCAUGGCGGCUAAAGGACAGUUCAUGGACACAAAGCAAAUGCUUGAAGCACUUGAAAAGGAUCUCCGUGGAAUUAAGGAAAAACUAAUAAAGUUGAUCAAAUUGUCCACUGAUUGCCUAAAAAGACUAGAUGAAAUUGCAUUGAAGCCAAAAUCUCUUUCCACAGCAGAAUACCUUGAAAUCCUGAUCAAAACAGAGAAGGAAGAGAAACGCCCUGGAUUUGAAGACCGCAUUGUUGAACUCGAGAAUAUUAAAAAAGAAGCUCUUCUCCUGGAAAAGAUAGCCAGAGGUGUUCAUACACUUGAAGAAGUCGCUGAACUCUGAAAACGGUGACAAUGAAGAAAGCUCUUUUGUGUGG